AUGGAGAGUGAGGACUACUUCAAACAACUACGAGCCGAAGUCACCGAACCUUUUUCAGAAGCGAAACUUAAACCAACACCCGAAACGAAAAAAGAGGCGGACGCUGACUCGGAGAAAUUUGCGAAGCUGUUGGAUCGGAUUGAAAUGAAGUUUUUCACACAAAAGGACAUUCCCCCAGACUUCAACGGAUUUUUUUUCACGUUGGUAUACAACGCUAUUCGAGCACUCAGCGACUCGAUUCUUCGAGACCAGAAUUUCCGAAAUGAAUGUAUUGAAAGACUCUUCAAUUUUUUAAAUCGAACGUAUCAACCUGAUUUUUUAGUCAAUGUCUUGAUAUUGGCGAAUAACCUCUUUGAGAAAGGACAAGAAAGAGUCGAACUGAUUGCAGUCAAUUUGAUUGACGAAUUCUUAAUGAAAAAUGUCGAAGAGUUCAAGAAGAUACUCAAAACAGAACAAAAAGCAGACGCGUUUCUGAGUAAUUUGAAUCAACUGAUAAUGGGGAAAUUGUGGCAAUACGUGUCACCGGACUUUAAUCAGAAAAUAGUCAACCAACAAUUCUUCUAUGAGUACGUGUCGAGACCAUGUAAGGCAGAUGUGCUCACAGAAAUAGCGAAAUUACUGUUGAACUUCACCGAUGAAAGAAACGAUUUACUCCGAGGAAACGUGUUUGCUGAUUUGUUGUACAACACCAUGCUCGCACUUGACGAUCCGUUGCCAGUCCAAACUAUGACGAAUUUGAGAAUCAGAAUUCAGUUGUAUAAGGCGUUUUAUAAGUUCGCGGCGGUAUAUAUUCGAGCAUACAAGAUGUCCCCAGACAAAGCGAAAGAAGUCAAAAGAAUGCAUGAAAAGUUUCUGUUGCUCAUGAAUGACUCAUUCAUAUAUCCAAGAGAACUGUUGUUUGAUAAUAUGAAUACUCAAAUUGAUGUGAAUGUCUUGCUUGAAAGCGCAAAGGAUAUACUCAAAAACAUCGACUGCCAACCAAAUUCAAGACUGAUUGUCGUGUUCAAUAGAGCACUGGAGAUCGUCGCGAAGGUCAACAUGCAGAGUUUAACAACACUCAAAAUCAUUUCGAUGUACAAAACGUCCUGGGAAAUUGCACCUUCCCAUCGACUCGGUAUACAUAACUUGAUUCAUCCGAUGAGAUUCAUUAAACAGGUCUUCGAUAAUAUAUGCCAGAACAAGAACGUGUUGAUGGAAGUUAAGAAGCAAAGUGAACUGACGCUGAGAUGUUAUAGACUUGCGACACAACAUCUCACCACAAUCAUUCAGCUCAUUACGAUAUUACCAAACCCAAUGGAAAGUAUCAAACACUUUUUCUGGAACACCACUUCAAGAAACACCCCUCGGAUCAUCGAAAAUGUGUUUGAAUUUUUGAAACUGAUGGUGGACUUACUUCCGACAGUAGUCGAAACUUUUCAACAACCCGCGAGUGGAAACGAAGAAGAGAUGGAGAAACUACUUUUUGACUUUUUUAAACAAUGUAUACACAAUACAAUCAUGGUAGUUUCAUGCGACGACAAGCAGUGCCUCAGUUUUGGAAUCAACAACUCGCCAACACCGGAGCCAAUGAAGAAGAUAUUAAUGCGAAUCCAAGCGAACAACCGCCCGGAGAACGAUAAGCAAAUUGAUGUCAUUAAAAAGAGUGUCAGAUAUUUGAUGAAAAGAGUUAUUGAGUUGCCAACAAACAACGCAUUAAAGGUGUUGUCGUUGUACGAUGAAUUUUUGGUGUUUUUGGACAAGUAUGUCAUGGAAGUCACAUUCUCGACAUUUCUCGAGAUGAUGGAGAAUACCGACAAGAUAGAAGACGUUGCUAUCAUGUUCAAACGAAUAUGUAUGAAGAUCAAGUCGUUUAUAGACCCCGUCAUAUCAAACCAGGUGGCCCUCGGAAGUAGUUUUGACAUUGCAGAUUAUCAACAAACACUGACUCUUAUUGUUGGGAAAUGCUUUAAACAGAUGGUGAAAUACUUGACAGAAGAUGACGAAAUUGAUGUGGAACCAUAUGUCAAUAUACUCGAAGGAUGUUAUCUGCUGUAUCCGCUCGAGGUGGUGUCGUGUCUUGGAGAAAAGACCGUGGAAGUUUUUUCAAAGAUUUAUUUGAACAAUCCAUUCAGCGAAAUUCCGUUCUACUACUUAUCAAAAUACAUCUCUUCACUUAGCGACCCAAAUGAAAUAUACAACUUACCAAACCCACUACUCAGAAUUGCGGAAAUGUGUAUUAAGCUUCCACUCCAUAUGAACAAGUUACUCUCAUUUUUAUAUAUCAGUCUCCCGAUCGCGUCGACGGUGAUUUGCUGUAAAAAAGUUUCGGAGAGUUUCAGAUCGACAGCACACAGAUAUUUAAACAUUGUUUGCUCGAUAUGUCCCCCAGCAGUGUUAUACAAAUUCAUUCCAUCAGUCGACAAUUUGAAGAAAGCACUCGCCGAAAUGAUUGGUUCAAACACGGUUAUGGACUUCCCAAAACAUGACAACAUACAGACGAAACCUCCUUCGAUGUACAUCGAGGAACCAUUCAAAACAUCUCUUAUAUCAGCUUUGGCUUCUCUUGCAGUAUUACCACAUGACACCACACCGAAGAUCCAAAAGCCUGUAUUGUACAAUUUGGAACUCAAAGGGUCUCCAAUCACUUUUGACUUGUUUCCGUUCUGUGAAGAGUACUUGGCGAUGAUUAAGAAGCAACCGGAAAAUGUCAAGAAUAUGAUAGCGGGUCUCAAGUCGAUGAUCAAACACCAACCCCACCCAGCGUUAUUUACAUUGUAUUUCGCAACACUGAACGUGAAAAUUAUCGACGAAAAAAUGGAUGAAAUAGAUAUUUACGACAUUAGAAUUUCAAUGAAGAGGGAAAUGAAAAUGAUGUUCGAGGGGUUUGUCAACUUUUUGGAAGAUGUUGAGACUCUAGAAGAUGAGAAAGGGUUUACAGCAGUGUGUGACGAUGUUUUAAAUUUGGUGAGCGAAACUGGGGGGUUAGAACCGAAUAGGGAGGGGUUGGUAUAUUUCGUGAGUUUGAUUGGAAAGCACGAGCAAGGCUUGUCCUUUGAUUUGCAUGCGGUGGAAUUCAUUCUUAAAUACUCUCUCAAAUACACGGAUUGGCUUUCUGUUGAAAGUCACAUUGUUGUGAGAUAUCUUUUCGAUGUUACACAACGAAUGUAUCACAAUAGAACUAUCAAUCGAAUAUUGGAUUCAUUAUUAAGUCCAACGUCAUUGGACUCUAUCAUACAAACAAUUGAUGACUCACUCCCAAGAUGGUUGCACGAUUUAUUUGUGUCUGUUAUUACUUCAGAUAGUCCAGAAGGUGUUCCUUACAUCAUUGAAUUCUUCAAAAGAAAUUCGCAACAUCCAGAGAUAUCUCUGUUACUGUCAUUUGACAUCGACCCAACGAAUUACAAUUUCAAUGAUAUUUUUGGAUAUCAAUUAUCGAUAUUGGAAUUCAUGGUGGACAAAUUCAAAACACAUCAAGCAUUCAAGUCUAAGGUCGAUACAAUAUUGAAAAUAAAAAUACCACGACAGUACAUCAUUCGACUUGAGACAUUGAUGUUGAAGUGUUGCGAUCAACAAAGAUUCACUCAGUUUGUACGCGAGUGCACACAAAGCAAAGAUGUGAAUAUAUCGAGCCACUUUUGUGCCGUACUUGAAAAGCUUUUUGAAACCAACCCGACGAUGGUUGAAGAAGAACUGAACAAAAUCGACCUCCUCAACAUCGGGAGAUAUAGACACACCAAUUUGUUCAGUUUCAUUUUGCGAAAAGGAAAAGGGCAGUUGAAAGACAAAGUGCAGCAAAUUGUCAGUGAGAGCAUCGAACAAGUUUCAACUGACAUUGUGAACAAAGUACCAGUGCACAAGUUCGUGAGUCAAUUAGACGACUUUUUUGUUCAUAAGUACAAUGCGGAAGGGAUAUGCGGAGUCAUUACAGAGCUUAAAGGAAUGUAUGAGUACAGACACAUUUUAUGUAUUAUCCAGUCACUUAAAAGGGUUUUGAAUUUGAACCCACAACAAAGUGUUGCAACCAUUAUGGCUGAACAAGACAGUGCUCCAAAAAUUUUAUAUCUACUCGCUACAAUGCCCGACCUUGACAUCUUCCCAUUGGUAUUCCAACAUCUCCUCGGCGACCCAAAUUCACUCUGGAAGAAGGACAACGGACCAAUUGCACUUCUUCGUUUCUUUGUGAAGUUUUCACAAAGAAAACAAAUGCCAGACGACAUGAACAACGCGAUUAUUAAUUUGUCGUAUAACACGACUAAACCAAGUGACGAAGUUGUCAUCGAUUACACAAAAAUACUGCUCAACAUCUCGAGAUACCAAAUGAAUAAUCCAGAGCUUCUCCGACAAAUUCUUGUGACACUUGAAACAAGCGAACAAGAAAAAUUCCAAUUCGUGAUGCUCCAUUUUAUUAAAAAUUUCCCGACUGACGUGAAAAACGUGUUUUUGACAAUGCGGGCGAUUAACGAAGCAGUUGAAGGGAGGUGGAGACUGUUGGUUUAUGCGAUGCAAUUUAUUGUUGUUCCUUUGAUUCGAACGCACACAAAAGAGUUUAAUGGGAAUGUGAUGGACGAGUUGAGGAAAAUGCUGAUGGUUGUUCCAAACACACCAAAUGUGACGAUUUUCGAUGAGGUCCAAGGUACACAGCUCCAUGUAUUUAUCGAAGCAGUGUCAAUCAGUCAAGAGUUCCUUGAACCCUUAAGAAGUGUCAUUUUGGAAAACAACUCCUCGCCAACAUCAUUACACAAUGCUUGUUUGAAGUUACAUGCGCAGUUGUUGGUAUACAAACCGGGGUGCGGGUUGUUCUUAGACAAGUUACUCGAAGAGUUGCUUGAACUUCCGAUCAACGAAAUUUAUUUCAACUCGAUUUCAAUUGGCAAUAUCGAGAUUGAAACAAUUCAACACUUCUUCGAGUCGAACAGCGAAGAACAGCAGAAUAUAUGCAAAAUUAUUUUGAGACACAUCAACUCGACGUAUCAAGAGAAUGUCCUUCCAUUCACGUUUCCAGUCAAAUACUUCUAUGUGUUUUACCAACAACGAAGACUUUUUGUGCCGACCAUUUUGAGGUCAAUUGAACACUUUGAAGAGCGGCGUGAAAUGAUUAAAUGCAUUGACUUGAGUGAGUUGAUUAUGAACUGGGAAAGAUUCAGAGUGAACGAGAAAAUGCACCCAUUGAGUGAUACACCGGUGUUGGUGUCUAUCAUGGAGAAAUGCGCAAAUCAGGAACACGACAACGACUCGUUGUUCCAACCGUGUUACAAAGUAGUUGUGAAUAACUUCAAAAUACAAGCGCAGAACAUGUUGGGGUCGAAGCCAAAGACUCUUGUCAACCAAACGAAGCACAACAUGAAACGGUUGACGGAUUGCAUUGACUCUAUUUUGACGAUUUGGGGAAGUGAAGCAAAGAAGCCGCUGAUGUCUUACAACGAAUUGACUGAAUAUGAUCCUUCAGUCGACAAAUCGUUAAUUAAGGAAUUCUUGAUUGCAUGUGCCAGAGCAGAUCCACCAAUUUUGUAUGAAGAAGGAAAGAAGUUUUUGUAUGAAGCGACGCAAGAACAUGAAGAGGAGUAUGUCCCAUUGGUAAAAGGGUAUUUGGUUGAUCCGCGAUUUGACAAUGAAAUGAACAAUUUGCUGACAAAUCGAUUUAUACCGUACGAUUGCUUUGCGUGUGUCAAGGAGUUUGUUGAAAGAAAGAAGAUCAAAGCGACUGCUGUUGUUGGGAAGGUCUCUGAGAAGUAUGUGGCGUACUUAAAACAAAUAACUGGGAACGACGCGUCGAUGUGUCAAACUCCACUUUGCGAACGAUUAAAAUCGAUUUUGGAAAUACUCAUUGGUAUCGACACUGAUGAAGCAAGACGCCAAAUAAUGGUAUUGGGGAGAGAGCUCUUUGACAAAUUGGCCGAGUCAAAAACACAACUCAGUGGAGAAGAGAAGUUGGUGACACAGUACAUGGACGUUCUAAGCAAAUGUGGAAAGCGCGAAGAAAUGGUAUUAAAAGCGAUGUCCAAAUAUUUUACAAAUGCGGAGAGAAAUGUUGUUGAAACGCAGAGGAUCGACUUUUUGGAAAUGAUGAUUGCGGAAGACGACAUGGUGUUGAGUGUUAGAAGUGUUGGUAUGGAGAAUCCAAGCACUGCGACUCGAUACGUCGAAAAGUUUGUGAAACGAUUGAAAGGCACCGAUUUGAUGUCACUGUUUGUUGAAAUUGUGAAUAACAAAAUACCAAACGAGUAUCAUACAGAAAAGUGGGUUGGUGUGUUUGUCAGUGUGUUGUUAAAGAAACUCGAACCGGACAACUUCCUCGGAGACAUUGUUUUGACGAACUUGAAACUUGCAGAACGGCUGUUUGUUGCAAUUGUGAUGAACGUGUCGAGUAACCAAGAAAUAGUGAAAACACUCAAAUUGAUAUAUAACAAGAGAAGGGACAAAAACGAAGUAAUUAUGCUUGAAGUGAUGUGUGAGAAUAACGUGAGUGUCGGGGACUUGUGUUUGUACGACAGUGAUGCGAUGAAAUUCUAUGGGAAAGGCAUCAAAUUUUUGACAGAGAAUUUUGUGAAGUACCAGAAGCCGGAGUUAGUGUCACAACUUUACACGUUUCUUGUGAACAAUCCAGUCGAGAAGUACAAACUACUCGCACCAAUGAUGAAAAAUCAGAGACUCAAAUAUUGUAUGGAACAAUUCCCGACACAUGCGGAGUCGUUGCACAAUAUCACAAAGGAUUUGCUGACGGAGAUGCAAGCAAACAACGACGAAGAAUAUCGAUAUGCAGCCGAGUUAAAGAUAGAUUUGGCACUCAUGUUGAAUUUGUACAGGCCGUUAAUGAAGUAUGGCGAAGCCGCAAUUAAAAUGGCACAAACGGAAGAGGAGAAGCGAAGAAUCAACGACUUGAUGUCGACAUGUUUGUUCAAUUUACCGGAGGAAGGGGAGAAAGAGUACACAAAUGGAAACCCAUGUUUGCAGUGCGUUUAUCAAAUGUGUCAAAAACUCACAAUGGAGCGUGCAGAUAGAACAAAUUUCAACUCCGAAUUCUCACAACUAUUAGUGAGGCUUGUGGAGGUUUUAGAGACCAACAUACGAAAUUGCGAUUUGGACAAUCAAUUUAUGGUCGAAGACAUUUGCACAAUGGCUGUGAUUCUUAAAGAACUCAUCGAAACGCAAUUCUUCAUGCUCUUUUACAACGCCAACGCCAAUUUGAAUCAAACCCUUGACAAAACAGCAACGUAUUCAAUUUUGUUCUGCAGAGAUUUGAACACAAAGGAGUUGUACGUUGUCCGACAGUAUGCGCUGACACACCACAAAAAGACAUUUGAAUAUUUGAGUAACAAGAAGACGUCAAGUGCCGCGUACAACGCACUUAUCCAGAAAUUUGAGAAGCUUGAGAUAUUGAAUCAAAUUGAGUUUGCGCGGUAUCAUCGGCGAAUGCACUUGUUCUCUCCAGCAAUAACGAUUUUAGAAGAUGUCAACAAGAAGUUAGAGAAGAAGCAAGGAGGGGAGAAACAAGGCCUUGAAAAACAGAACGAGGAGAUCAACAAUUUGUUUAUUCGAGUGUUACUUGAGAUGGCACUCAACGCGGACGCAUUGGAGCGUCCAUUACAAAUGGUCAAGAUUAUGCAAACGACUUACGACAAUUACAUCCACCCCGUGAUUGAGUCGAAUGCGAACACAAAGAACAACGAAGAGAUCAAUAUGUUCUUCCAGAUAAUGAAAGUGUUGCAUUACCCAACAAUUGACUGA